AUGUUAAGUGCAACAGAAGCUAGAAAGUAUAGAGUCGGAGGCGACUUGGGUUGGACUAUCCCUCCCAGCGGCGCUGCCACUUAUGCUUCAUGGGCUUCAAAGUACACCUUCAAAGUUGACAAGGAUCUUCUAGGGUUCGACUUCAAAGCAGGAAAAAAUGACGUGAUUGUAGUCACAAAGGAGAAUUUCGACAUCUGCAACACCACGAAACCAUUAUAUCAAUACAAGGGUCCAGUAUUUCCUAGAGCUGCCAUUUCCGGCACAUAUUAUCUCACUUUCAGCUUCGCGGGGCACUGUGCCAAGGGCCAAAAGGUAGCCAUCUAUUUUGCACCCUAG